ACACAAAUUUCUUUGCCCUGACUGAUUUAUGCGGAAUUAAAUGGCGUAAAUUCGUUAACGGUGAAAGAGUAAAUGCGUCCAGUGAUCCAUUGGAUGAUCCCAUCCUGCGCUCCUAUUCACGAUGUAUGCAAGCUGACAUUCUCUGUGUGUGGCGGCGCAUACAGUCCACCAAGCAGGAGAAUUCGGAUCCUAAUGCGCUUUUUGAGAUUAGCUCGUCGAAAGUGCAUCCGCCACUUUCGUUGGCCGCCGCCAAAGAAUUAUGGAUAUUUUGGUAUGGAGAAGAGCCAGAUCUAGGCGAAUUGGUAGAUGCGGAAUUGUUGAAAGUAGCCGCUAACCAAGCACUAUGGAAUGGAACCUGGGAGCGGGGUCUAACUUACGAAUGCCGCUCACUUCUCUUCAAAGCUUUGCACAACUUAAUGGAGCGGUUCGUAUUGACCAAGGAUAUUGUACGCUUUGGAAAGUGGUUCGUUCAGCCGUGUACUUCCAACGAUCGCCUCUUUGGUAGAAGUUCGCAGCACCUUUCAUUUUCAUUUACGUUCUUCGUCCAUGGGGAUACCGUGUGCGCAUCAAUUGAUUUGAGAGAACACCCAGCGGUGCGUCCUUUAACCAAGGAGCAUUUAACAGAAGCGGGUGCUGCAUUUGCUGCGGCUACCAAUUCGCAAACACUGACGCAAUCUCAUGAACAUGGCAAUGCAACGAAUUUGCCGGAUGAUGUGGUGAGUCCACAUAAUCCCAACAAUGGUGGUAAUGGAGAUGGUGUAACCAACUCAAAUUCCCCAAAUACGUCCUCCAUGCCAAAGCCGCGAAGGGUUAUAUUGGCGCCAUUUGGUAUGGCGGCAACGCUCACUGGUAAUAGUUUCAAAGCUACGGAUCCAAUGGCCGAAAAGAUUUUAGAAGAUUGGGCGUCGUUCUUUCCAUUGUGCAAUAAGGAGAACUCCGACGUGCCACCAGUAGUUGAAGUUGUGUCAGGUGGACAUAAAAUGUAUCAUCCCUCAAUGUAUGUACUAGUCACUGAUUUGGAUGACAUGGAGGAAAUGGAAGCGGCUGCGUCGCAAAAGGAUUCAUUGGGUACAACGUCUUCUGCGGAGGCUGCUGCAUUGGCCGCCAUUUCAGCUGCAAAUUCCAAUGAAUUUGCUGGCGGCGGUAGUCGAAAGCCAACAUCGCUUAACCCCGGUGGUUUGCAACAACAACAACCAUUACACGCAGUAACCACCAUAACAACUACUGUUGCUACGUCGAGCAGUCAUUGCGAUGACAGCAAUAGUGUAGGCGACAGCAAUAGCAGUUUAGCAAUGGUUGAGCAACGUUUGCAUGAUCUGACAGCAAGAACGCAACCCUUCUAUGAUACCGCCCCAGGUAGUUUUAUUGGCAGCACAACUAAUACUCAUGCCUCACCACAGGCAGCUACAGAAAUGCCGGAGCGCGUAUGGCAGGAUUGUGUAACGAACACUUUGCAUGUGGCGUAUGCGGCCAGCGUAGCCACUUCGGUAGUGGGCACAAGUGCCGCAGCUGGAGCUGCUGGAUACAACAUAUCAUCUUCAUCCCAUACCACCACGACCGGCGGAAAUACUGCAACGAGUAGUGGUUCAGUAGGUGGCGAUGAUUGUAAUUCAACUAGUGGUGGUAAUAAUAGGAACAUCGACAACAGUAUGGGGAGCGGAGGCACUAGCAGCAGUUCUGUUGAAACGCAAAGUUCCAACACAAAUACGAGUGACGUUAAAGAUGUUAAGGAUAUUAACGGGAUGGAGAUGAAAAUGCGGAUGCAGCAACUGCAAUUUUGGGGAUUUGUCGACCCCAUGGAAAAAGCGCCUUGUACAUGCACAAAGUAAGUUUUCUAACAAAUUACCUACAAAUAUAUAUUGUAUUUGGCGGCUCGAAGAGUAUGCAAAAGUAAAUGUUCAAAAUUGUGCAUAUAAAUUGUACAAAUUCGCAAAGAAGGAUUCAUACAUAAACGAAAAAAUAUUAUGGUGUAUGGACUAUGAAGGAUAAGCAGUUU